UAAAAUUUUACAAUUAAGUGUGUGAGAACGCGAACGGUUGCCUGCUGCCUGCUUGUGGGUGGAAGCGAGUGCGCGAACAAAAAGGGCGAAACGCGAACGCGAAUAGAAAAGGAGCAGAAUUACACAAGUUGGAAAAACGUUUUUGAGACCGAAUAUUGAUUUUUUCAUAGAAUCAGUCGCGCGGUUGUUGCCGUUGUCCGUUUCUGUGGAAAGAUCAGUGCUGUGAUAGAUAACAGUAAAGAAAAGCAAUUGAAAAGCGGGCAGUAUUUGCCCACUCCACUGCUAGUCCCAAAGUCGACCCAUUUCUGCCAGGAGGAGAGACACCAACACCCCCACGCACACACAAACAGACACACGGCCCACGACGAGUGUCAGACUCUCUUUCAGAGACCGCGACAAAACUGGUAAGACUCUGAACACCAAGAUGCCGUCAGCACCGACACACACUGCCGAGGAGGCACACCUGCUGGGCACCAUGCCCGUUGACCCCAUGGACGACAUCGAACUGCGCUCCGUGCAGCUGCACUUCCCGAACGCACGAGGCUCCAUCCUGGAGGCCUGCGACCAGCGCCGUGUGCCCACAGACAAGGGUGACAUACACGUGGCCAUACAGGGCGAUACCUCCAAGCCGGCCAUCGUCACCUAUCAUGAUCUGGGCCUAAACUAUGCCACCAGCUUCGCUGGCUUCUUCAACUUCCCAGUGAUGCGGGGCCUGCUGGAGAACUUCUGUGUGUACCACGUGACGGCACCCGGUCAGGAGGAGGGUGCCCCAGCAUUGCCAGAGGACUACGUGUAUCCAACCAUGGAUGAGCUAGCCGCCCAGCUGCUGUUCGUGCUGUCGCACUUUGGAUUGAAGUCCGUGAUUGGAUUCGGAGUGGGAGCUGGAGCCAACAUCCUGGCCAGAUUCGCCCACGGCCACCCGGACAAGGUGGGGGCACUGUGCUUGAUCAACUGCGUGUCCACGCAGUCGGGGUGGAUCGAGUGGGGCUACCAGAGCUUCAACGCCCGCUUCUUGCGCACCAAGGGCAUGACUCAGGGCGUCAUUGACUAUCUGAUGUGGCACCACUUUGGACGCAAUCCGGAGGAGCGUAACCACGACCUGGUGCAGAUGUAUAAGCAGCACUUUGAGCGUGCCGUCAACCCGACUAACCUGGCCAUGCUCAUCAACGCAUACAUCCAUCGCAACGACCUGCACCUGGCGCGCACUCCGCCAGGCACCCCGGGCACGGAGACGGCGGCCACCACGCUGAAGAUGCCUGUCAUCAACAUCACGGGUUCGCUCUCGCCGCACGUGGACGACACGGUCACCUUCAAUGGUCGCCUGGACCCCACAAACUCGUCCUGGAUGAAGAUUUCCGAUUGCGCUCUGGUGCUCGAGGAGCAGCCGGCCAAGCUGGCCGAGGCCUUUCGGCUGUUCUUGCAGGGCGAGGGCUAUGCAACGCCUCUUUCGACGCCGGCGAGCUCCCCGUGCGGCACCAAGUACCACACUUACUCCUCGAUAUUCUUCGCCAACUUCCGGGAGCAGCAGCAACAAGCGAGGGAGGAGCGCGACCGGGAACGGGAGCAUGAUCGCCAGAGGCAGCUAAAUCUCCGGAUUGGCAAUCGGCUACGCGAGACGGCCAUCAACUGUACCAACAACGGAUCUGGAGCCGGAGCCGGGGACAAUAACAACGCCGACGCCAGCGAGGAGGAAGAAGACCAGGAGAACGGAAACGGAAAUGGCAACCGUGCCUACGUCACCACAGACACAUCCGGCACACUCUACUACGGCACACAGAGCAACAAGAUACGCAUCACCGAGAACCCACUGCCCGAGCCGGUCAGCUCCUAGAUUGUUACGCCCUACUCCUACCCUUCCCACAACCAAGAGAAACCAAAACUACGCCACACUAAGGUACACUAAAUAGAAGGUCUGGCCUUAAUCCACACACUGUUAAUGUUGUUACAAGCGAAAAGAGAGCAGAAAUAAUCACACAGCAACAGCAGCAGCAGCCGCAGCGCAGCGCAGCCAAGUCAAGCCAAGCUUCAGAGUAAACUUAAAAGCCGAGCCGUGCUCCAAGAGACACCCCACACUCCAGUACACACACACUCACCGCUAGAGAAAAGACCCAAUAAUUACGUUAGCCACCAAAGAGAAUACGUUCUUGUUUUCGCUUUCCCCGAUUAUCGAUCGAAAGAGUGCGGAGAGGCUCUAUCGAGAUAUUUGUAAUUUACACUUUGUGCCUGAGCGUUACGCAUGCAGUACAUAGAACAUAGCCCCCACAAGACACAAGAACCCCCCACAUAUAUCCAGCCAGAUCGGUACGGAUUGGCAGCUUAGGAAUCCUUUUUUUGACGAGCUUGCUUAGUUGUUGUGAAACGAAGCGUAACGAAAUCAGAAACGAACAAUAUACAAAAAUAUACAUAUGUGUGCAUGGAUAUAUCCGUGCACACGGAUGGAUCAAUUAAGAUCACGAUGAGGUAACGUAACUCAAAGAUUAAAAGCAUUUUCGCUUAAUGUUAAAACAAAAAUUAAAAAGAAAAAACUGUUAACUUAAUCCCAAGAAUAACGAAAACGAAAAAGUGUAGCAUAUCAAAUAACGAAAAAAUACGAAUACACAAAUCUCUCAAAAUUACAUAUAUAAUUAUACAAGAACCUACAUAGAUAAAUAUUGGACACGAGACCCCAUACAACACCAAACACACACACACAGCCACGCAAACAUACAGCCACACAAACACGAUAUGAAUAUAGAAUAAAUAUAUACAUAAAUACGAGUAUAUACAUAUAUGAAUAAUGACAACUUUUUGCAAUAACUUCGAAUUCAAUUCAAUAAAAGUUUUAGAAGCUUGAGACAAGUCA